AUGCCCAUUGGAAAGGGGGUGGGACAAGGCGAUACUAUAUCGCCGAAGCUGUUCACGGCUGCAUUGCAAUGGAUAAUGAAAUCACUUCCCUGGGAAGAAAGGGGAAUACGUGUUGAUGGAAGAUUUCUCUCGAACCUUCGUUUCACGGACGACAUCGUUCUCUUUUCGAGCAGUACCAAUGAAGCAGAAACGAUGCUCAACGAAUUGAACGAAGCGAAGAGAAUAGGGCUACGAAUAAACAGAGGGAAGACACAGUUCAUGAAGAACGCCUACUGCGAGGACGGAGGAGUACAACUUGAAGGCUUCCAAAUUGUGGAAACUUCGUCAUACGUAUACCUUGGACGUUCUAUGAACAUGGGAAACUACUUGAAAGAAGAACUGAAUAGAAGAAUGAGAGCAGCAUGGGUAGCAUUCGCAGCCGUCAGAGUCAGCUACGGACCAACUGACGGACCAAGAUCUUCGUGCUCAUCUGUUCGACUCGACAGUCCUUCCAGCGCUCUGUUACGCAGCGGAGACGUGGGCAGACACCGCGGCCACGUCUAG